ACGCGGAGGGGAUUCUGAAAAUUAAAGAGGAGAACCAGAAGCAUUACCGCAGGGCUCAGCGCCAUCAGGAGAAGAAAGAGAAGAUCCAGAGGCAUAACUGCAAGCUGGGAGACUUGGUCGAGAAAAAAACCUAUGACUUGAAAACCCAGUAUGAGCAUCUGGCAAAACUUCGUCGGACGCGUAUCCUGGAGCUAACAUCAGUCAUAUUUCCCAUUGAAGAAGUAAAGGCAAGCAUGAGGGAUCCUGCAGACGUGUCUUCCGAGAGUGACAAUGCUAUGACCUCUAGCACUGUGAGCAAGCUCGCGGAAGCCAGGAGAACCACGUACCUCUCUGGGAGAUGGGUGUGUGAUGACCAUAACGGGGACACCAGCAUCAGUAUCACAGGGCCCUGGAUAACCCUUCCUAACAACGGAGACUACUCGGCGUAUUACAGUUGGGUGGAAGAGAAGAAGACUACGCAAGGACCAGACAUGGAACACAAUAACCCUGCUUAUACCAUCAGUGCUGCGCUGUGCUACGGGACUCAGCUGGUUAACACUUUGUCUCUCAUACUUGACGUGAAUCUUCCCAAGAAGCUCUGCAACAGCGAGUUCUGCGGAGAGAAUCUCAGCAGACACAAGUUCACGCGGGCAGUGAAGAGGCUGAAUGCGAAUAUCCUUCACCUCUGCUUCUCUCAGCAUGUAAACUUAGAUCUGUUGCACCCCCUGCAUACGCUCAGGAACCUUAUGUACCUGGUCAGCCCCGACACGGAGAACUUGGGCAGGUAA